GUGGCCGGGGCCAUUGCUCUGUCCGCUGGGUUUUCCCCCCUUCCUGCCGGUUCUGCUGUUCGUUAGUCCGCCUGUUAAAAAGAGGUGGCAAGAUGGCCGAGCUGGGCAGCAAGGGGGUCACCGCCGGGAAAAUCGCCAUCAACGUUCAGAAGAAGCUGACCCGGGCGCAGGAGAAGGUCCUUCAGAAGCUUGGGAAAGCAGAUGAAACAAAAGAUGAGCAGUUUGAACAGUGCGUGCAAAACUUCAAUAAACAGCUGUCUGAAGGCACGAGGCUGCAGAAGGACCUCCGAACUUACUUGGCUUCCGUGAAAGCUAUGCAUGAGGCCUCAAAGAAGCUGACAGAGUGUCUGCAGGAAGUUUAUGAACCAGAUUGGCCAGGAAGAGAUGACACGAAUAAAAUAGCAGAGAACAAUGAUCUCCUCUGGACAGAUUUCCAUCAGAAGCUAGUGGAUCAGGCACUCCUGACCAUGGAUACGUACCUUGGCCAAUUUCCUGAUAUUAAAUCUCGUAUAGCGAAGCGAGGGCGGAAACUUGUGGAUUAUGACAGUGCUAGACACCACUUUGAAGCCCUGCAAACUGCAAAGAAGAAGGAUGAAACCAAAAUUGCAAAGGCUGAAGAAGAGUUAGUAAAGGCUCAGAAGGUAUUUGAAGAGAUGAAUGUUGAUCUACAGGAGGAGCUGCCUUCACUAUGGAAUAGCCGUGUUGGUUUCUAUGUCAACACAUUCCAGAGUAUAGCAGGUCUAGAAGAGAACUUCCAUAAAGAAAUGAGCAAGUUGAACCAAAACCUCCAUGAUGUCCUGUUGGGUCUAGACAAGCAGUACUCGGGCAAUGCCUUCCCUGUUAAAGCACAGCCCAGUGACAGCACCCCAGCGAAAGCAAAUAAAAGCCCCUCGCCUCCACCAGAUGGAUCUCCCAUCACCAGCCCUGAGACCAAGACUGUCAACCAUGAUCUGGAACCGUCCACUUUGGAAGCGCCUGGGGCAGGCAUCCCCAAGUCACCAUCUCAGCCUGCAGAAGCAGCCCAGGCCGGAGCUGAAGCAGCUGGAUCAGAAGCAGCAGCUGGAGCUGAACCAUCUAAAACUGAAGCUGAUUCAGGAUCGAGCUCUCUGCCUGCUGUUGUUGUGGAAACUUUCCCUGCUACCGUCAAUGGCACUGUGGAAGGAGCUUCAUCUGAAAGAGCUGACAUGCCCCCAGGUUUUCUAUUCAAGGUCCAGGCCAUGCAUGAUUACACAGCCACUGACAGCGAUGAGCUGCAGCUGAAGGCUGGGGAUGUGGUGCUUGUGAUUCCUUUUGAGAACCCUGAGGAACAGGAUGAAGGAUGGCUGAUGGGUGUGAAGGAGUCUGACUGGAUCCAGCGCAAGGAACUUGACCAGUGCCGAGGGGUUUUCCCAGAAAAUUUCACAGAGCGGGUGCAGUGAAAGCCCAAGCCCACCAGAUGUGUUUCUGCUGGAAGAAAGCAAGUUUUCUGUUAGAUAAUUGAAAAAAGAACAGUGAAAUGAAGAGAGAAUUUUAAAGGAACAGAAGCCUGGGAAAAAGUCAACUUAAAGAGUGUGUUCUUCUCAAAGGGCAAGGUUUCAGAAGCAAAUUGAAAUUCAAAGUGUUACCAACAUAUAUACAUAUUAAUAAUAAUAAGGCAAGUCAAAUACCCUUUUCCCCCUUUGGUUUUAACAGCAUUUGGAUUCAACGGACUGAUGCAGAAGCAACUCAGUGGUUCUCUGAAUACUGUAUUGACUGAAUUGGUGAGAUGUCAGUCUGAUCCCUGGAGAGGCAGUAUUAGUCUGAUGGCUUGAGAGUAGAAAGCCGCAUUUGCUCUUGGGUUGGUCAGUCUGUUUUGUCUUGGAGGUGGCUUGCAUGGCAACCGUAAAAAUUCAGCCUUUCCUAUCUGUUCAACCUACAGUAGGCCAAACUUUCUGUUAUGCUGUUAAAAAAAAUUCAGUGUAUAGUGUUCACCAAUACAGUGUAUGUGUGUGUGUGCGUGUAUUUUAUUUUCUUCCUUUAAAAACAAUAUUACACAAACUAUGAUUUUGUAUAUGUAAAGACAAAAGAAACUACAUGGAGAGGGCAUGGAGAAGAUGGAAUGUGUGAAGCUGUGCUCAGUCCAAAGGUCUUUCAAAUGCAGACACCUGAAUUCUCACAGUAGUAUUGGCCUGUGAAAUGCUAAGAGGAAUGGGCAAAGUCAAGAGAAGAUACAAGACAAAACAAGCAGAUGCCAUUUAGAUGGCUCUGAAAUGUAGGAGAAGGGAUUCUCUGCCCCCCCAGACCCUGCAGGCAGUUUCAGAAAAGCCUAGAUUCAUGUAGAUGAAAGAUAGCUCUAAAAUCUGUCUGGUUAGUAAAAUUGCUUUUAAAGAAAGAGAUACGGAAAGACUAUUUUUUUUUUUUUUUAAAGAAUGAGAAAAAACACUGAGGAAAAAACAAUUUGCAUUCUGUGUUUUAAAUUGGCAUUGUUAUUUGUGGAAUUGUAUUUCUUAUUUUCCUUUGAAGAAUUCUGUAAGCGAUAUAUUGUUAGAUCAGCUUUCUCCAGUGCUGUGCUGGUGAUCAAAUUAACAUCUAUGAAAACUGGACUCUUGAAGUACUCAUUUAAAAUGGCUGCAAGACUUCAUAAUAUUUUAAUGCAUUAAAAAGGGAGGCAAGAAUAUCAAAGUGGCAGUGUCAAGAAGACACUCUGCAUCUAAUACUGAUGCUGAGACCUUUCCUAUACUUUUCCUUUGCUUCUAUUUGUUUUUGAGCUCUUUUAGUUUAAGCAAACAGAUGACAAGGCUGUUUCAGAGUGCAUAUUACACUUGUUAAAAUAAGCUGGUCUGACCCUCCAAGAAUCUGAAGUCCCACAAAGGUACUUUAAACUUUACUUGAAUACUGAUGCAGAUGGCAAACAGGUCAGGCUAUUACCAUUUCUUAUGUGCCCAAUGUCCCCCUGAUUGUUUUGCCUUGAAUAAAUUUUUAACAGUGAGAUUACUUCCCGCUGUAAAGGGACAGAAUCACUCUCUGAAAUAAUUUUCCUAACUGUUAGGAACUGGCUUUUGUCAAAGAUGCAUGGAAUGCUGACACACACUACUGAAAAUCCCACUUUUCCAACCUGUUUUGACUAUUUGUAAGACAACAGACAAACAUUGUAGAACAGAAGUGGAGGGCUUUGUUUUGGUGUGUGGUUUUAUUUUAUUUUCUUUUUUUUUAAUAUAAUUUUAGUUCAGAGGGAAAGAUUAGAUUUUGAUUAGAAAAUAUAUUCUUAUGAAUGCAAGAAUUGCUGGAGUUCCUCCUGCUUUCAGCUUGGGGAGGUGAUCUCUGUGUGUUAGUUAUUUACAGCAGUGUAACAGGCAUCAAGAUCUGUCCUAUGUACCCAAUCCCCCCCACCUUUUUUUUUUUUUAAUUAAAAAAACCCCAAACAUGCGGGAAUUUAUGUUUUUAUAUCACUGUUACAAAACCCAAUAGUAUUUGGGAGUAGCUGCUCACCGUACAGAAGGACUGGACUCCACAAAUUAUAGUAGUAGGAUGAGUUGUUGCUUUGGAAUACUGCCUUGUUUGGUUUUGUUUUUUUUUAUUUUUCAUUGGGGUUGUCUUUAUUAUUACUCUCUUUUUUCUUUUUCUCAGAAUAUCUAUUUUUAUGCAUUUGACUUCCAUUAAUCCUUUAAAAAUAUUCAUAGAAAAAAAUAUACAUUUAAAUAUAUGUAGAAAUAUAUAUAUUAAAAAGCAGGUUGAUCCAAUUAACAUAGUGCUGUCAGUUUAAAAUGUUUAUUUUUAUGCAAAACCUGUGGAUUAUUGUUUUUUUAAAAACAAAGACAAGAUUCUAAGUACUAGAGCUGUGACUUUUUUUUUGUUGUCUUGCAAGUAGUUCUUGUAGCCCAUUUAGAAAGCUGUAUUGACUCCUAAUUUAUUGUGGGCUUUUUUCCCCUGAUUUUGUUGUCUUCUGCUGUGUUUGAACCAGAUGACUGUCCCAACAAGGAUCCUUGUAAGGCCUUCUCAUUUUCUUGAGCUUGCAAAGCAACUAUCCAGUACUGUAUUGUCCCUGCAGACAUCAUAACACUCUGCAAAAAAAGGGAUGUUGUUUUCAGGUCACGUUGAGUGAUGCUCAAAUAUUGCUAGUGGGGAGGAUGCUGCGUGUCUCCCCAUUUGCUUCCCCGCAGCACAAAAAUCCCAACCCUCAGAACCCUUUGCAGUGCAGGUAGGAUGGGUUCCCUGUCAGCAUCUCAGUCAGACUCUGAAAAUGCAGGAUGGGACCCACAGUUUAUAAAUUGCCUUAUAUGAGAGCAGGGUGGUAUAGCAGGAAGCUUGUAGAUGUCAGUGUUUUUUGGAACCAGGAGAACUCUUGUCUGCCUCCUGGAUCAUGUUCAGCCCAUUGCAAACAGCAACUCCUCCUGUUGUCAGUAUUUUUGUGUGCUUAAAUAGCUUGACUGUAGCUCGUAUUACCUGGUGAAAUGAAUUUCCCAUUUUCUUUGUUUUAGGACUGAUUCAAAUACAAAGAGGGACAGUAAACUCCCAAAUAGGCUGUGCCCACAGUGAUUUUUCAGUUUGCAGGCUGAACUGAAAAAUCUGGGGAAAAAAGUUGUAAGGGUGACCUAGGAUAUUUUUUUUUUCCUCAGUGGAAUAAAAAAGGGAAAAACCAAAACACUAAAAAAAUCUUCUCAACCAAACUGAAGCAUUAAUUUGUAGGGUUGCUUUUUCACUUUUAAAGAACAUCAUGACUUAGGCUAUAACAAGUUGCUUUGAAGCAAAAAUGUGAAACCUUCUCUUCUGAAAAUGCUGAAAGAAAAUGUUUUCAUGUUAAUAGUGCUUUUGCCUUAUUUAAUCUGAUGACUGGUUUCAGUUAAUCCUAAAUGGCAUUUUUUGGUAAAUAUAUUACCCAUUGAAGAGAACCCAAAGAAGCCUGUUGCCCAGUUUGUCUCUACUGCCAGGUACACUGGACACAUUUCAGGAUUUACCAGUACUUGGCCCAGCAAAGCUGCUGCUUCUCCAUCUAAUAAUCUUCCAUUUUAUUGUUUCACUGGGUGAACAAUAAAAGCAUCUCUUACCCUGUGCCAUUGACUGGUUUUGUAGCCUGGUUUAGAAAGAUAUUUUUGCUUUAACAGUCUCUGUUUGGUCACAUGUUUAUGACUAUAGGUUUAUGACUAUAGGUUUAUGACUAUAGGUUUAUUUAGGCUCCAAUUUGAGCUUAAUCUCAUUGUGCAGUGGCAAUUAUUGUUUACCCAACUGAUAAGAAAGAAAAAAGGCAUUGCUUUUUCCCCCCUUUCUCUAUCUUAGCAAUGUCAGUAAUAUAUCUUUAUUAGCAUUAGAGAAAGAUCCCAUGGUAAAGAUGAAUGUGUUGUGUUUCAGGUGAGACUCCUACAUACUCUGUGCUACUUUCCAUGGGCAUUCCUCAGCUGUCUGCUUUUACCAUCUUUGUGGUUUUUGGCUGUGGUGAUGCAGUAAAAGGGAUUGUGCCGGCUUCAUUCCAGAUGCUCAGAGCUAGUCCUUGAAGCUUUGUUCAGAGUUGCAGAAACCUGUCCUGUCCCACUAUCCAAAGACAUUGGCCAAGGCAAACACCCCCAAGUCAAAGGGGUCUCCCUUUAAUGACCUGGUGUGAAGGCUCCAUAUUCUACCUGGAAUUGGGAUGACAGAUCAGUUAAGUUCUGGAACAGCCUUUUGAAGGAAAAAGGGCCAAGGCUAUGGAGAUGCUGAGGGAGGAUGGAGGGAUGAUACAUUAUCCUUUUUAUUUUGGGUUGAUGGCCUGACUGCUGCACCUGUUGGUUCCAGGGAGCUCUGGAACCUUUUUCUUUAAUGUUGAGAACAAAAUGUGAGCAGUGAAGGUGUGCAUGGUUGAUACAGUAACAACUGUCUCUCCUGCAGAUGAUAUCAAGCUUAGUUUCCUAACUUAGGUCCUGCUUUGUGCCAGAUUGAAUGCUCUCUGCUACUAUUGUAGAUGUUUGGAUGCUGUGCAGUCCAUACCCCAAAACAGUGAAUGGAGGAUACAGAGAUGCCUCUCCUAGCCCUUCCAAAGAAGAGCUACUUAUCUCCCACAGACAAAGACUGUGUGUUUCUAACAUAGUAGCCUCUGAUUUCAGUAGCCUCAGUGACUUUCAGCAUCUGGACCCACUCUCCAGCUCCUCCUCCUUCCCAGCCUUUGCUAUGCUCUACUGGGAUGAAGAAGGCAUAGGGCACUUCCAAGCAGCCUAAAGUGCAAAGCUAGAAGAUGCACAAACAUGUCCAUUGGUAAAUCCUGCACAGUGUAGCUUGAUAAUGCUAAUAUAGGGAAAAUAAGUAACAGCUUUUCUUCUCUAGGCUGCCAAAGGGAAGCUAUUCCUUGUCACACAAGUACCAUCACACCUAGCACUGGUGCAGACACCUCUCUGCUUGCAUGCUCUGUUUUAGACAUUUCUGAGUAGCAAACUCCUGAUUGAAAGGUAUCCUGUGUGGUGCCCAGAGCUGGAUUGUGCCACCAGCACUUGUGGAGCUUGGGGGUCUGUAGCUGGCACAUGGGAAUUAGUUAUUUCAGAAAUUUUGUUUAUGAAACUGAAUGGAGAAGCUACAGCUGCAAAGACUGGUCUGUAUGAACAUGUACUUUGGUGUAUCUUGUGUCUGUAAUUCCUUCACCUGUUUUUACAGUGUACUCUGCUAAUCCUGACCCUAGUCUGCAUUUCAUGUAGAUGGUCCCUACUUAAAACUUGCCACAUGCAGUCCUGGGCUUAUUGCUUCUCUUUAACUGAAUCAAAUGGCAGCAACUUUGGCAAUGUAUUGGCAAUCUCUUUUCCUUCUGUUAAAUUAGUCUCUUGAGUUUUACCACAAUGACCUGAAAACAUUUGGGUUUUGAGUGUUUUUUUUUUAAUUAUUUUAAUUUUGUUUUGUUUAAAUGAAGCUGAACAGUUCCCACUGUAUUCAGAGCUGUGACGCCCAGUUCCAGUAAUAAGUACUAGAUGGAUUUGUCCCAUUUUGUUUCUUGGUGAUGUUCAGAAAUAUAAUUUGUGUCAUCUUAA